UAUCAAUCCACAUGAGGUUCCGUUUAGCCAUAGCUGCGGUGACCUCCUUACUGCCAGCGUUUGUCAUAGGAGACCUUCAAUGUGCUAAUGGAGCACUUGAUGAGGACUAUAUCCAGCUUGUUUUGACACCAAUUAACGCAGCAAGAGAAAAAUUACAGAAUGGAAAAGAAAAAAAUGGUCCCGAUGGAGAUUAUUUGCCAGAGGCACGUUACAUGGAGACAUUGAAGUGGAGUUGUGACCUAGAAGAACGAGCCAUUUCUGUACUUGGAGUGAAGUAUUGUCCCGAUAACCCAGAGCAAAUCGAUAAAGUCGACAGUGCAAAGCGAUCACAUGGCAAAGCAGAGAUCCUUCACUUUAAUUGGGACUUGGAUUAUGGAACCGGCUCGAGAAUGGCCGAAAUGCUAGAAUCAUUUUACUUGCCAGCGCUCAGUAAGGAAGAAUAUCAACUGGAUGUCAGUAGCGAUGGGAUCAGAUUUAGCGGGGGAGAUGAAAGAUUGGCUGGAUACGCAGAUCUGAUGAGAGCGAAUACGACCGAAAUAGGAUGCGCGAAAGAAGAAUGUGGCAAAUUCAUCAAAACGUACUGUAUAACCAAUCAACCGCCAAUCAAAAAUGGAGAAAUCAUUUAUGAACCACUGUGGACUACAACCACUAACUCUGCAACAACUGCAACCACCAACUCUGCAAUAACUACAACCACUAGCUUUACAAUAACGACUACAACCACGAUGACGACAACGACAACCAAAAAGCCAAAACUCUCGACUACGCCUUGUCCAACAGCUCCUACUAUGAGAAAAGUACCAAGAACCACGACUCCUUGUCCUACACUACCUACGAGCGCUACAGCUAAAAGAAAAGCUAGAGAAGUCAAUUUGAUAAAGGAAAAAGCGCUUUUUCCUGAAGCUGAACUAGAAGACAAAGAAAUGUGUCCUGACAGUUUCAUGACAAACAGGCUAAGGAUACGCUUUCUUGAAAUGCACAAUUAUCGCAGGGCAUUGGUUGCACUUGGGAAGAUAAGGUUCAAGGGAAAGUCUCUACCGCAAGCUCAGAACAUGCAAAAAUUGAGAUACGAUUGCAAGCUAGAAGAAGUCGCAGCGCAUUACGCUAGCCAAUGUCCAGAGAGAAGUUUUCGUGAAAGUUCCACCAAAGAAAUUGGCGAAAAUUUUCUAAGAAUUGGAGACAAUGUUGGAGGCUUUGAGGAAGCAGUUAACGCGACUGUCAGCAUAUGGUGGGCAGGUGCUAGAAGAUUUGGUGCGAUCGAUCCUUCGAUGCUGCUAAAAUCCCGUAAUUUUGGCCCUCGCAUACUCUCCCUUACCCAGAUGGCUUGGGCAACGACUCGAUACAUCGGCUGCUCUAUCGUGAAGUGUUCGUCCUCAUAUGUAUCAGUUUGCAGGUAUCAACCAAGGGGGAAUGUGAUCAAAGAGCUCGUCUACAAGCCAGGCAACACCUGCACUGAUUGCGCUACUGGAAGUAAGUGCAUUGAAGAGCUGGGACUCUGUGACUGAAAGGAAGAAGAAUGUUGAUGUUUCCGUUUCCUAUAUUAUCUCUCAUCUUCACAUUAUAUCUGAACAAUGGCUUAGCACUUCGGCAAGGUCAAUAAAUAUCAAUACCAG